AUGGCAAUGCAGAAACAUCUGAGUGUUCGCGAUUGCCAUUCACGCUCCAUUACAGCACUGGGAUUCAACUCUGCGAGACGGGAGUUUCUCACGGGCUUUGAAGGUGCGAAAAUUUUCCAUUUUUGGUUUGUUGUGAAAUCUGCCUUUGAGAAAAUGCCAGGUUGUCAUCAGAAGUGUAGAGAACACAACAUGGCACUACAUGUGGAAAGUUUAACGGAGUCAUUUCAGCAUUGUGUUUACAGCCUGUAGUUUAACGUGUGACUAGAUAAAAAAAAAUAAUAAUAAAAUAGUUUUCCUUGCCCUGUCUAUGUGCUUUGUUUUUCACCUGUUCUAAUGUGCCCUGUUUAAAAGUGUUUAUGUACAUGUAGGCUAUUUCUAGAGACUCUGCUACCAUUUUAGGUAGUACUAACUAUAUUCCCUAUAAUUAGUACGGAGUAUGGUAGGAUGUAUCACAAGCAUAUUUUGCUUAACUAGGAUCCAGGUUUGAUGAACUCUCAAAAAAAAAUUUUGAUGAAUUUAUUUUUCAUGAUCAAGUCUUUCGGAUGAACUAUUGGUGUUUUUUGAUCUCUAUAUAUAUGAUGCACAGAAUAUGAAUUCUGCUUGUGCAGUCAAUAGUGCAUAUAAUAUGAAUUCAGGUUUUUCCGAUCAAUUAAAUAUUUGCGUAUAUAGAUGAAUUUUCAUGUGAAGUGAUGCGCUAAUUGAUUGCCUUUAAUAUUUUUUGUUUACACUAUCCAUUAAGGGAACACUAUCGUCACCUAAACAACUUUAGCUUAAUGAAGCAGUUUUAAUGUAUAGAUCAUGCUUCUCGUGUUUCACUGCUCAAUUCACUGCCAUUUAUGAGUUAAAUCACUUUUUUUUUCUGUGUAUGCAGCCUUUGCCACACUUCCCCUGACUCUGACUGACAGAAAAAAAAUGAAAAAAAAAUAGUUUCACUUUCAAUCAGAUGUAAUUUACCUUACAAAUUUUGUCUCUUUCUCUGUAAAUUGAACUUUAAUCACAUACAGGAGGCUAUUGCAUGGUCUUGCAAAUAAUUGAGCAGUGAGACUGUAGGCAGAGGCAUAAUCUAUACCCAAAAAUUGCUUCAUUAACCCCUUUAGAACGUUACAUGACAUCCUUUACAAAAUGGGCUUAAAUGUCUGUAGGACAACAUAUACAUAGAAAUACCAGCUUUUUAUGUUGUUUUUUUUUCUAAUGUAUAUUUUUAUUGAGAUGAUAUCACAUUUCAGACACUGAAUUUUCCUAGUAGGCAGCGCUAUGUCAUUAAAUGACCACUAUAGUGCCAGAAAAAAAAGCUUGUUUUCCUGGCACUAUAGGGUCUUUAGGUCUCCCCACCCUCAGGGUCCCACUCCCGCUGGGCUGAAGGGGUUAAACACUUACCUUUCUCCAGCGCCAGGCUCCCUCGGCGCUGGGGAACUCUCCUCCCUCUGCCGACGUCGGCGCCGAAUGCGCAUGUGCGGCAAGAGCUGAGCGCGCAUUCAAACAGUCCAUAGGAAAGCAUUUUCUAAUGCUUUCCUAUGGACGUCCAGCGUUUUCUCACUGUGAUUUUCUCUGAAACUGCUAUGUUUACAGCAGGCAGGGUUAACCCUAGAUGGACCUGGCACCCAGACCACUUCAUUGAGCUGAAGUGGUCUGGGUGCCUAUAGUGGUCCUUCACAGUGAGAAGCGCGGAAGCGCCUUUAGCGGCUGUCAAUGAGGCAACCGCUAGAGGCUGGAUUAACCCUAAAGUAAACAUAGCAGUUUAUCUGAAACUGCUAUGUUUACAGCAGAAAGGGUUAAUCCUAGGUGGACCUGGAACCCAGACCACUUCAUUGAGCUGAAGUGGUCUGGGUGCCUAUAGUGGUCCUUUUCUAACAGGGGGAGAAGAAAGGAAAUUUGGUCAGUGUGAUCAUACAGACCAGUCUCCAAUUUUGGAUUUCUAACUCCUGCUGCUGCACAAUGAUGCCCUAGUAGAUUGGUCUGAAACUGAGAUAGGUGGGUAAGAGGGAGGAUGAGAGGGUAGAAUGAAGAAAUCUCUCUAGUUAAGAACCGUGCCCAACAAUGCAAUCUGACAAAGUUUAUAGUAAGUUUAUACACAUUUAUUACAAACAUUUAAAGGUUUUUUGGGGGGGGGGGUUUUGGUUAAUAUAUUUGUUUAACCCCUUAAGGACCAAACUUCUGGAAUAAAAGGGAAUCAUGACAUGUCACACAUGUCAUGUGUCCUUAAGGGGUUAAAAAUGUUAGCUUGCUGGUUUAAGAAAAUAGUUGUCAAGUUAUGCAUGUCCCUUUAAGUUCACAUCUGGCAAUAGAAUCCUGCCUGAAGUUCUAUCUUCCUGACUGUUUGUAGAUGGAGUAAUAAAAUGGUGGGACCUGGAAAGUGGGCGUCAGUCUCAAUCAGCAGCUGAACACUCUGGAAUGGUCACUAAUAUCUUGUACUGGGCAGAGAAGAGGCUGGUAUUCUCUUCAUCCAAUGAUGGCACUCUGAUCGCUUGGACCUCGGGGUCUGUUGUGUUUGACAAGGUUAAGGUAGGUCAAGAAUUGUCUUUACAAUUAUUUAAUUUUAUUACAAAAAAUGAUCAGUACUACCUUUCUAAUUUUAAUAUGCCCUUGAUAUGUGUUCUUUUUGUAGAAACAAUUUUACAGAACUCAAAUAUGAAUAUAUUUUAUCCUUACUAACACAUGGAAAGUCCACUCUGUAAAAAACAACUCUAAUAAAGUGAUUAAUACUAUCCUUUUUUAUUUUAGUUUAGAUUUUGUAUGUACCACUCCCAUUGAGGUUGUUUUACCAAUAUUGGUUAUUGGGUAAUGAGUAUAAUAAAUAUCACAAUCAGGUGGAGUCAAGGGAGAGUACAGGAGAUAAUUCAAUUUGAAUUCCCAACAAUUCUCACUUUAGUAAAUAAUACUGAUAUAGUUACUGGCACCUGCAAAUAUUGCAGAUAGAAUUUCAUUGUGUUGAUAGUGGCUUUCAAAUACCUAAAUAUAUCUGUGGUUUUACCUGUAUAUAUGCAGCCAGAAUUAGAAUUCAUCUGUAAAACCACGGAUAUCCUCGACCCCGAAGCAGCGUGAUAUAAGAAGCAAUUUCUUAAGAAUCCCCACUUUCUUACCUCUAGUACAGAGCUAGGCAUCCUUUUGGUACUCCAAAGUUUGUGGACUAGAUCUUGCAGUCUCCAGAGCUUGUGGACUAUAUCUCCCACAAUGCUCGUAUUAAUAGUGGUAAAGCAUCAGUAGAGAUGUAGUCCACAUAAUCUGUAGUGCCAAAAGUCACCUACCCCUGGUCUAGUUGCAUACAGCUGAUUGCAGUUGUAGAGAGUUCAAAGCACAACCUCCUCGUAGCUGGUGUAGUCACGUGACUUUAGAAUCUGCCACCGGAAGCAGUGCUAUUUAAAGUAUGAGCAUAGCUACCCACGGCUGUCUGCCGGCAGUUGCUUUGAACCUGAGAGUUGCAGUCGGCAUACUUCCUUCCCUUACUGUGGAUCUUUCUGGCUGCAUUGGUCUGCUGAAGUAAAAGAGGAACGGGAAAAAUGCAAACACUUUGCCUGAUGUGGGUGCAUGCCUGGAUGUGUGUGUAUGUUGUGUCUUGUCUUUUGUUGUGGUCAAAGAAAAAUAAAGAAUAAUAUUUAGAACAUUGAAUUCCCUUAAAUAAAAAUACAUAUGGUUUAUACUCACAAUGAUUGUUUUUGUCCACCAAAUUGUGACUGGAGAGCAGCAUAGUAUACAAAAGAAGUCAUAUUCAGGUAAACUGGCGUAUUUUAGUAAUACUAAUGUUUGAUAUGAAGCACCAGAACCCUUAAGGUUCCUAGCAUUGGCUAUGGUGCAAAGAACCCCCUGUCCCCUUUAUCCUAUACAUAAUAUAGCUAGCAGUUGUGAAGAAAUCACUGCAGGUCUAUGCCCCUCAUUUUGUGACACACUGCGCAAGUCCCAAGGGGGCUCGCUAGUUAGAAAAUUAACACUAACUGUGUAAAUUAAUUAAAACAACAAUACAUCAUAAUAAUACAUACCAUAUAUCAUACCAUAAGUUUAUUACUAUAUCUUAUCAGUUACCUAUUUAUUUUGAUGAAAGGUUUAUAUUAGCAUGUAAGAAUUUCUGUAUCCAUAGUUGGGAAGUCCCAUCUUCAGCCUUGCUAUAAAUUUGAGGCGACAGCUCUUGGUAUGCGGUUUCAGCAAGUGUCUCUCUGUCUACCCACUGGAUGAGAACAAAACAUCUGGGCAUGCGAUCAACUUGAAGAAGAGGUUCUUAGACCACAGUCAUACCGACAUUGUGUCAUGCAUUGUGUGCUUAGACAGUCAGAUUUACACUGUUGGGUGGGUAUCUUCUACCAUGGUCAAACAUUGUUUUGUUCUCUUGACAUCAUGAAAAUAUUGAACUGGGUUGCAGCUCGAUUUGGCCUUUGACCUUGUUCCAAAUCACUUAACAACUAGUAUUGGAACCCUGCUCUGUGGGCCCAAUCAAUACAAUAUAGCAAAAGUCUAACUGUGGACACAUAGUUAGAUAGUAACAAAGCCUGAAGUCUCAUAGACUCAAGUCCAUCAAGUUAAACCAUCAUCAUGUUUGUCUAUUCACAUUUCAAUAUUAUCCAAAACAGAAUCCUAAUGUGUUGGUGGUAUUACCAGCAUGUGUGUAGCAUGAAAGACAACACCUCCACUUCCCCACGCAUAGGGUGGCAUUGUUAAAUGGAUGAGACAACUCCAUGUUCAGCCCCUUAUCGCCAGAUGACCAGUGUGCUGUCCAAGUCAUGCCCUCUGACUUUGUGGGAUAAAUUUGACCAUUUAUUUAUACUGUUGAAGGGAGAAGCUAUUCAUAAGAAGGAGGGAAAUUGUAGUUGAACUACUAUUUAUUAAAAAUGGAAAAAUUAACAAAAAUUUUACUUUUGUGUGCUUGAAGGAACCCUUGGAUUGACGUACACUCUCUACGUUCAUUUUUCAGAUAUGACAGAAAGUUUAUUAUUUUCGAUACCUACCAGACUCCUGAAAAGAUUUGCAUCACACCUGUCCAUUGUGUCUCACGGGCCCAUGAUGCUGGCAUCCUGCAUCUUCUGCUUGUCCGGGAGCGUGAGAAUACCAGGUAUGUGUAACAUGUACAAGGUUAUUCAAUAAACCGUUAUUAUGGAGAAUUAACCAGGAACUACAUACUUAAGCCAACAUUUUUGAAUUCGAAAAAUAAUUGAGUAAGAGAAUUUUUCUAGAUUUUUUUUUUUCUAGCGUUACUAUCUAGAUCCCUCUGCAGUGAAGUAAUAUCCUGCUCACAUUAUAUUACUAUUAUUUAUAAAUAGGUUUAAUAGAAGUGGUUCCAGAACACACCAAGGGACAUUACCUACUACUUUUGUCUAGUUUGUUAUGCCAUUAGUCAUGCAUAUAUUAAAUCUUAUUUUUCUCUGUUUGGGUAAAUUAUACAAUGCUAUCAUAUGAAAUAAAAGUUUUGUGGUGGUUGCUAAACCUAAGAAUUCUGUUUGGGAUAAAAUUUUUAGAGGGUUGCUGCUAUUUUAUUGACAUUUGUCAUCUAAAACUUGUAUUCUCUGUUUGCCAGGUUUCUGACGGGCUCCUUUGAUGGCACUGUUGGUGUGUGGUCUCAGGAUGGGCAGCUAAUCCACAGAUUGCGUCAUUUCACAGGUGUGAUAACUGGGAUAUGCUAUGCUGUGUCAGUCAAAACUGUGUGGAUCACAAGCGGUACCAGUCAUCCUCUACUUUUAGACCCACGAUCUGGAGAUAUAGUAAGCCACCACUACACCUAUAAAGUAUAAAUGUACUGUAAGUGCUUCUAUUUAUUCAGAAUAUUUGGUCUAACAAGUAAAUGUUAUUACACUCUAAGCACCAUAACAAUCUAUGUGUCAUUGUCUAGCUGUACACAGUAACUAAUAACCGUAAUGAUUUCCAAAAAUCCUAAAAUCUCACUCACAUAUGUCACAGAUGGCAAAAAUUCUUUCCCCAGGUGGUUGUGCAGAGUCAAUCCACAGUGCAAGUGCUUUUCAUGCAAGUACCUGCCUCUCCUAAGACGAAGAGUCUCUUUAAAAGUGUUUUAUGAAGGACACAAACAUUUCUCCAGUUAUAUUAUCAAAAAAGGGACAAGGUUUAUAAACUAAAACCACUUCAUUAAUAUUAAGUGAUUUUGGUGCUUAGAAUGCCAUUAUAAGGUUGUACUUUAACAACAGUUGAGAAUCUGCCUUUUGUACGUCAAGGUGUGCCAGUGUGUCUUGCCUACAGUCAAGCAUGGUGGUGGGAGUUUCAUGGUCUGGGCCUGCAUGAGUGCUGCCGGCACUUGGGAGCUACAGUUCAUUGAGGGAAUUAUAAAUGCCAACAUGUACUGUGACAUACAGAAGCAGAGCAUGAUCCCCUACCUAACAACCCCAAACACCUCCAAGACGACCACUGCCUUGCUAAAGAAGCUGAAGGUAAAGGUGAUGGACUGGCCAAGCAUGUCUCCAGACCUAAAUCCUAUUGAGCAUCUGUGGGGCAUCCACAAACGGAAGGUGGGGGAGCGCAUGGUCUCCAACAUCCACCAGCUCAGUGAUGUCGUCAUGGAGGAGUGGAAGAGGGUUCCAGUGACAACCUGUGAAGCUCUGGUGAACUCCAUGCCCAUGACAGUUAAGACAAUGCUGGAAAAUAAUGGUGGUCACACAAAAUAUUGACACUUUGGGCCCAAUUUGGACAUUUCCACUUAGGGGUUUACUCACUUUUGUUGCCAAUGGUUUAGACAUUAAUGGCUGUGUGUUGAGUUAUUUUGAGGGGACAGCAGAUUUACACUGUUAUACAGGCUGUACACUUACUACUUUACAUUGUAGCAGAGUGUAAUUUCUUCAGUGUUGUCACAUUUAAAGAUAGAAUAAAAUAUUUACAAAAAUGUAAGGGGUGUACUCACUUUUGUGAGAUACUAUAUAUAUAUAUUUAUUUAAAAAAAUUUUAAAGGCAUACUUUCUUUUCUGAAUGACAGUCACUAGAAUCAUGGGAAUUGCAAAACUGUAAACAGUGCCAUUUCUCGAAAACGGUAGUGUACUCAUCAGUAAGGCUGCAGAGACAGCAUUCAUUCCUCAAUAUCUGUAAAUGAAGUUUAAAUGAUUUUUGUGUUUAAGGUGUCCUGUUAAAGUAAACCUUUUAAAGUCAUAAGAGGCUCACUUUACAGAAAGUAUUGCUACAGAAUUUUCAAAAAUGAUACAGCAAUAGAUAAACUAUGAAUCGUUACAUGUAUUAUAGCUGUGUAAGAUAGCUCAGAGUUCCAGGUUCAUUUCCUGGCAGAGUCAGCUUUGCCUUUUAUCCCGAGGUUUAAAAAUGUGUAUGGUUUAUACUUAUACUGGUAAUACAGUAUGUAUAGCUAUUUCUGGAAUGUACUUUACAAAAUUCUUAUCCCCAGAUUACAGAAUUUGUGGAUACCUUCCAAAACCAGGACAACAGCCCGCAUAUAAAGCAACUAAUAUAUCUUCCUGAGUCAAGUCAUGUGAUUGGUAAGUUAGAAAUUACGGAUACUAAAAUAUACACAGUUAUUUACUAAAUUGAGCAUUCUAAGUGAAUUCAAAGUGAAUUUCAAAUUUAAGGGCAGAGCAGCUGAAUUGAAAUCAUAGUUGACACUGGAAAUUGACUUUGAAUUCUCCCUAUAGUAAAGAGCCCUGCUAGUAGUAUAGUGGAGCCUUGUGAACACACUGAGAAGGAAAAAACAAUACGUUGUUUAUGACUUCUGUAAUUUAUCUGGAAACGUCAAAUUCUUCUUUGCGUUUGAUAUUAUGAAAGCAUUUUAUGAAUUUGGGUUUUGUUUACUAAAUUUCAAAUUAAUCAGGUAAAUAAAUUAUCCAUCCCAGCAGUUUUUUGUAAAUCGUUUGGAUCCUGAGACACCGGGGGAGCCUCCAUAGCUCGAUGUCUGAAUCUCACAGCUGUCGAUUAGACAAAAGUUGAUGGUGGAGCUCUGCCUUUUGUCAACCUUAGAUUUACUAUAACACAAAAUAGUCCCUACUUUCUCUUAUGGUAUCUUUGGAUUGCGUUGGAAUUUCAGUGAAUUUAUUUUAAAAUCUGGAUAAAUAUUUCAUAAAGAAUAUAUCUUAAUGAAAUACUGAAAAGUGACAAAGCCACUUUAAGGUUGUGCUUGGAGUCAUGGAGAUGUUAUUUGACAACAAUGAGAAUGAAGGUAGAUGCGGUCCACUCAUAUGAACUGUAAAAUUAACUUAGGGUUAGAGUUGAUCACAGGGGUGCAAUGGCAGCCAUGACUACUCACCGGAUUGUUGUCAUACGCUAGCACAAAGUAACAACAUUCUUGUACUUUGUUAUGAUAAGAGACGUAAAUCCACCUUAGCAGCAGAUCCUGAGCCAAUAGGUGUAUCAUAGAUUGCAAUAUGGCCCUGUGUAUACUGCACAUUCAUGUCUAUAAAAUUUUGCAAUAAUAGAAUUUGUCCUCACCCACAGGAUCCAGUCGGCAUAAUCAGGUAACUGUGUGGAAGUACAACAAUAUGGGCUGUGUCAACGUCCUUAACACUAAACAUCCACUGGAAUGUCUCUCUUAUAGUAAGUUUAAAUUAACAACCUUCAUAGUCACUUUAUACAGCAUGAUUUUCCUUAAUUUUCUUAACAUGCAGUUAAUUUCUUUAUUUUUUAUUUACUUUUCAGCUGGAAAGAAUGUGAUCUUACUUUUCACUGGUGACAGUAGAGGAACAUUUGAAAAGUGGAAAAGGAAGGAUCUGUCUCCUUCGACGUACAGGUGAGGUGUAAGAUGUGACAUUAUGAAAGCAUUUGUUUUACCCAAUAAAAAAUAAAUAACAUAAAAGACAGUGCACCCAGGGAUACUUUACACGUGCUAAGGUUAAAGUAACACCCCAAGCACUAUAACCACUACAGCUCACCUUACCCCCUUCCCCACUGUGAGUAAACAAACUAUUGUAUUUAUCACUUAUAUACUUUAUCUGAAACGCCUGUCCUUAUGUAACCUUUUUGGGCAUGCAGUUUGUAUUAUUAGUAAUGGACUAUAUUUAAUGGUUCAGGAACAUGCUGUAGUGAUUAUGAUACCAGGAGUACCCAGCAAACCCAACCCCCCUCCAUCCCCUCUCUGUUAGGUGUCAGCCAUUUUAGACUCUGCUCUUAAGAAUUAAUGAGCAUUCUGAUAUUCAGAAACUGUUGUCACAUGUCCUUACACAAUUGAAGACCACCAAAUGUAAAGACUCCUCUUGUAGAAUAAAGGUUUGCGUUAUUAAACAGUUCAAUCUAUCUCUGUAGCUAAAGUGUUUGAUAGAGUCUGUAAAUAUUGUCAAUGUUUCUACCUCCUAAGACCGGCAACUCUUUUUUUUAUAGUAAAGAAUCAUACAAUAUGGAGGACACACGGCCAGAGAGAAAAGGACUGCGCUGCCUGCAGAAGGACCCUUCAAGGGACCUCAGCAGGAGACCCCAGUCAAGGCUUCAACGAUCAGCAACUGCUGGGAUGAUGAGAAAAGGCAUUCUGUUCAACCAAAACCGGACAGGCAGUUCCCAGAAAAAGUGUUGUGGUUACACAAGGUAAGAGCAAAUCCUUUCAUCUCAUUUUUAAAGAUGGCUUAACAAGUAAAUCACAAUAUGAUCUGCUGUGCAAAAGUGUAAAGAGUGUAAAAGUUGUGACAUAUCAUCACUGGAAGAUCAACCAGCAGUUGCUCUGUUGUUAUCAUAAUGUGAUGUCUUUGCCUGAUGCUAAAGAACUGUAGGUUCUACAAAUUGUAUAGUCACAAUAAGUCAACAAUUUGCUAAAAGCAAAGUCUGUGUGAGGGACAAAGUGUUAAUUUUGCACAAUUAGUAGUAUGCAUAGCGGUCUUAUCUGCUGUCCAUCUAAGUCACCCAAGUCGGCACUAUGGGCAUUUGAAGGUAUCACAAAUCUCCUGACAUUUUCAAUCACAGAGUCCAUGCCUGAGUAUCUUAGUCUAAAUUGUGCAAUACAAUAUUCAUUUUAAUAGGAUUUACUCUUUAGUAAAUAACACCUUAAGCUAGUCUUUCAUUGGGAAUUGAAUAGCAAAACAUCUGCUAAAGUGACCCCCAACAUUUUAAUAACUGUAGCUUCAUGUCCGACAGAUCGCUCUUCGCAGAUGAAAUGGACACCUUGGUUAUGGGCGCAGAGAAUGGGGACAUAUACCUAUGGGAGUUUGAUGAGUCUGUGGCAGCUUCAGUACCUGAUGAACCUGAAGUUUCAGAUGAAGAUCAGCUGCUCAAGGUUACAGUACGAUGACAAACAGACAUACAGAGAGACAGAUAGCAAACCCCGUGGAAUGUUACAUGUAACAUUCCAAAUAUCAGCCAAAAAAUUUAUUCUGCCUGCAUUAACACGGUUAGAAAAGGCACCCAUGUAAUUACCAGAAUGGUUGGGAAUGAUAUGAUGAUUUUUGGUAAAAUGUGGCAAUGGAUGAUAUUUUCACACAACCCCGUGCCGGCCAUUGUGAGAUUAUCUAUGGAAGAUCUUGAAUGAGUGCAGUAGUAUCAGGACUCUGGAAGAAGUCUACAUGAGCUAAAAGCUGGGACGAAGAAGUAGAUUGUGACACUGAGGAGUGAGUUUAUGUAAGCAAGUAUAUGUACCUACACCUCCCUACCAGGCACCAUUGUAUGAGCAAUGGUGUGUCCCCUUGGGGAGCUUUGCAUAAGGCUGACUUUUUACUUUAAAAGUGCCAUUUUCAAAAGUGGCAUUUAAAGUUUGAGGGAAAAGCCUUUUUAACCCUAAAUAUCCGCUAACCCUAACUAUCACUAAAGCUAUGCCAUUGUAACCAGGACUGUAACACAUGAACAUUAUUAUAAUGGAGCUCUAAUUCAGCUAUGCUCUUUAAAAUGCAGUGACAGAACAAGCAAGAACCACACAUAACGGACUGUACACAUCAAUUCAAACUGACCCUGUCCACUGUGCUUCAGAAGUCUGGAAUGGUGACACUCCCAACAAGUAGACAGAUAAAAAUAAAGGCUCGGCAGGCUUUAUUGGGUCAAAUGUUUUGGCUCAACAUUGGACACUUUCUCAAGCUUUGGUCAACAAUAGAACCUUUCCCAAGCCUUGGUCAACAUUAUAGCAACACUCUUAAUCAAUCAAUUUUUGUAAUCCCAGGAAAGUUCCAUUUGCACUAAAGAUUCUGUCCUCCCAUAUUCAUCUUCAUUCAUACAUGCACAGUCUGAUGCUCAUACAAAUACUGCUACCCAUCCUUACAUUCAUAAAAAAAUCCCAAUAUAUGAAUACAUACACAUAGUAGUGACCCUUACACAUGCCCCUCGUAUACACACACACACACACAUUUACCUUCAUACUAGUACUACAUACCGAUACUUGUUCAUACAUGCCUGCACAUAUACGCAUACUCACUUGGAAAGGCCCCGUUAGCUGUACUGAAAUCACAUCUGAUUUAUAUUGUCCAGUUUGAGAAUUUGGGGCAUAAAUUUAAAAUUCACUUUGAAUUCACAUUGAAUUUUUCCCUUUAGUGAAUAACCCAGUCAAUGUUUUUUUUUCUCUACAUACAGGAAUAUGGGUUUUUGUUUGCUCAGGACACAAAAGCAGAGAAUAUGGAAGAAUCUCCUUCGAAAAGUGAAGUAUUAAACAAGCGGCUAAUAGGUAAGAUUCAAUUAAUGUUAGAAUGUUAAUUGCUGGUACCUAGAUUACCACUAGGUAAAUGAGAUCACUAACAUGUGAAUUGUCGGAAUUCAAAGUGAAUUCCAAAUUUUCAGAAAUUCGGUAUUUUGGCCUAAAACUUAGAAUUCAUGGCAAUUCACUCUAUAGUGAAUUACAAAAUAUGUAUAUUUAUGUAUUCCUAUGCUGUACUUGGGGGGUACUGACUAAGCAAGUACCAAACUUUUUUUGGAUGGAAAAAAACAUCUGUAAAAAUGCUUGACUUUGAACUGUAUUUUCCAUUCUCACAUACUAAAGGUAAAUUCAGUUGAAAAUCCACAUCUGGUCUAAAAUCUGUAAUUUCAUUUAACAUAAAUAUACAUUAUAUAAAAUAUAGGAUUCACAUUUUUACCAAACCAUUAAGGUAUACCAAAUUCCUACUGAAUAUAAAUUCCCUAGUUAGCAGGUAACUUUUCAAAAAUAUGAACUAUUUUCCAGCUUGCAAUGCCAGAGACUUGGAGAUUAAUCAAAAAUCCCUUCUGCUGAUCCUUCCAGUUAUGUAACUACAAAUUAUAUAAUUGUGUUCUAAUUUAACAUACAAGAGGCAGAGUUUUGAAACAAAUAAAUAUUGGGUGAAAGGGUCCAUAAAAUGUACCCGUAGGCCAAUGCCAUUGCCUCCUAUUUUCUGUGUUUCAACAUAACAGUGUAGCAGUCAUACAUGAAACAAAACAUUUGUUCAGCACUAGUAACAAGGUAAACCAACAUCAUAGGAUUGAUCAUCAUUCAAAUGCAGGCAUAUAUGUGUAUCAACCAGGAGUCAAAAUAGAGUUUGGGGUACUGGUGCGUGAUUAUCUUAUGUAAUUGUCCGACUUUACCAGGGUUGUGGUUGGGUGUUACUCUCAUGUCGGGGCCUUAUGGCUAUGGAUAUCCAGCACCCUCAUCUAGUAAUUCAGCGUUCUCUGCUUUGUUUUGUGUGGCUCAUUCAUACCUUGCAUUCGGGGAAGCUCGAUAGUCUCACUUUCUGGUGUUUGGUUCUUGGGGGUUACUGUGUGUGUGGCCCCGAGAAGUCAUCCUACGUCUACAUAAUCCCUGGGAGCCCUGGGUUGGUUUUUGAGAUGUGGUCAGUGGGUGGCUUUAGGUCCUUGCGAGCAGGGGGGUAAAGUGUAAAUGUUGGCAACCAUGUGUUUGGAUUUUUCAAAGUAGGUUCCCACGAUUGAUAGUAAUGGCAAUGUCAUGUUGUCCCCAAAGAAUGCCCCUGGGUGCGAUGGUUGGAGUCUUGUUCCCCUACGUGUACACCCGCAGUUGUUGCUUUGCCCUGUAGGUUUGUAGACUGCGUGUAUUUUGUGUAUCAUUAGCUCAGUAAUACAUUGUUACAGUUAGUCAAUAAAACAUUACAAAGUGAAACAUAACAGAGUCAUAACAUAGCGGGUGGGCAAGUGAAGGGGCCCCUGAUAGCCUGUUUGGACUGUUCACUCAAACAGUUUAUAUCAUUUUAGCACAUUUACCUUUGUUGUGACAUGAAGAACAUUUACAAAUUUCCCAACGUAUGUUCUAAUUCACACUCACAUGAUUUUUCUCUUGUUUUAAUGCUCAGGUAUGACCUGCAAGAAGGUGUUAGCUGGUCAUUAUAAAGCUGUGACAGCGUUGGCUGUGGUUGGAAAAGAGAGUGGCUAUAAUACAGUAUAUUUGGUGAGUAUUCACAGUUAUAUUAGAUUUAAAUAAUUACUUAGCAAUGUUAUUUCAUACAGCUAAAGGAAAAGGGGAACUGUCACUUCUCUGGAUAUUACACCACUAAAUUGAAAAUGACCUAUAACUUGUGUUGGGCUCUUUUCUAUGCGAUGAUCCAUUUUCUUUUUAAAUUUGUACAAAAGAAGCCGCAAAAUACAUCACACUAUAGAUCAAUCCAGGCACGGUCAAGGCACAAAAUGUAAACGAGGGGAGGAAAAAAAGCAACAUUGUUUUUAUCUCUGUAUGCUUUCUCUAUGCUGACUGCCAGGUGUAAAGGACAGACUUUAUAACAAUGACUGACAGGGAGCUAAGGUAGAGGCACCCAGUUGUAGGAUAACGAGUUAUGAUUUCUACAUUUCAUUUUAUUUUUCACACUUAACUUAUAAAAAUAUAUUUGUUAAAGGGUUACUUUGGGCACCAUGACCAGUGAUUUGAAGUGGUUAUGGUGUUUUUGAGUAUCUACAUAGUUUAACCCCUUUGCUACUGGAGGUGUAACUGUGCCUCCAGCAGUGUCUUUAUUGAGUCAUUAGACAGUCAGGAACAAGAGUUUAGGGCUGGCUAAUUUCCAUCCUGUGUGUAUUGGACACCUGUCAUCAAUAUGUACAGCACGCGGACAAUACGCAUCCAAUAGUUUAAUGCCCCCCGCAACCUCUGUGAUGCCGAAGAUGUCCCCUUGGCCCAUCCUCUCUGACAUUCCUACCCCUGCAGGGAGAGUCAUCUCAGCAGAGGAGGAUCAGGCUAUUGGGAGAACUUGGUCUCGGAGCUAAAACAAAAGUACAUUUUGAUUAAAAAAACGAUUUAUGAGCAACCCUUUAAAUAAAGUGAAUAAAUAAGCAUGAUAAUCCUGGACUGUACUGUUCCUCUUUACAAAUAAACUCAAUGAUAAAUCUUGUUUUUCAACUGACAAAUGGUAUUUUGGAGGGAACAGGAAAAAGUGGUGGUUUCCAACUGUUGUAGACUUAACUCCCAUGAUGCUGAACCAUAUAACUCCAAGAGAGCUAUAUGGCUGUCUCUCGGCAUCAUGGGUGUUAAAAGCUGGCAAUAUCUGCACAGGGGAAAUGUGACAAGCUUUAUCCUAUUGUACAGAAAUAGAAACAUACUAAAACGGCACUGACAUGCUGAACUUACCUUUCUUUUAUCAAUUCCUUUUCUCUCCCUCUGUCAGGAUCUGUUCUUCAUUUCUUCCUGUCUGCUCUAGUUUUCUUUAAAACAUAAGACAAAGUAGGGACUGCUUCUGCCACUCGGUGGGUUACAGGGCAGAGCUACAGUGUCAAUCCUGAACGCUGUCACCAGUGAAUUGGCUCUGGCUAUCUAGGAUCCUCCAUAAACCUCAAUGCAUGCACAAGAGUACAGCAGUGACGUCAGCUCCUGGUGCUGAACAGCCAGAUGCUAAAAAGGACCCAUCAGAGGAAGAUAACGAGGGACAGGUUCAGGUAAGUAGAACUCACCUUUCCUUGUCCUCCCCCGGCAAUCGAGGAUUUUUGCAAAUUCAGCAAAGAUCCAAGACUGUGACAGUCUGCCUUAAAUGAAAACAUAUUAUUAACUCUUAUAGUUAAAAUCACAGUGGAUACAAUAUAAUCACAAAAGGAAUACCAGAGGAAACAGUGUAGUCAACUGAAUGUACAUCUGGUUUGGAUUUUAAGAGGUAUUAGGUUGGUUGAGCUAUCUCAGUUUGGUUAUAUAUUAUUUAAACAUGUAUUUCUCUGCUUAGCUCUGGUACCUUUUUAUAAUAAUUAAUGUAGCACAGACCUUACAGCAAUGCUGUGUAUGUUUGUGAGCAGUUAAAGUAUGUUCCUUUUUUCAGUAGCUGAGCGGCGGAUGGGACUCUAGACUUUGUGUCUGGGAUCUGAACACAUGCUCCCUCGUAGAGACAUUUUCCAGGACUGGUCAAGAUCAGUGGAGUGAACACAAAGAAAAGGCGUGUGAUGGGACCAUAAUGGAUAUUUGCUAUUCUCCGAAGAGGUAAGUGGUUGAUUGACAGUGAGUUGUCUUCUGAAUUUAUUAUUAUUUGUGAGAACAGGUGUAUGUUGGUUAUAAAACUAUUUCAAAGCUUCUAAGAACAGCAAAAUAAUAUUAAAAUAAUUAAUUUACGGGGUGGGGCCUGACCGCCAUGGAGAACAGACGUGCUUCGGAUGAGCUCCUCCAUGACCUUGCGACUAAAAGCACGAAUAAGCCUGAUAUUGCUCAAGACAGAGCAAACCCAAGCGAAGCCCCUUACCUUCAACUCACCGACUAAGUUGCAAAGCGACCAGAGACCCACUGGGUCGCUGGGCGGGGAAUGCGGCUGGACCCCUGGACCGGAGAAGCCAGAAGGCUGCAGGUCAAAUACCAGUGCCCUGUUGCUCGCCCCCCCUGGACCGGAGGGGUGAUCCCGGUCCACCCCAGGAGGAUUGCCCAGCUCAAACAGAGGCGCGAUGGGCGAUAGGAGAAAGCAGGACGCCACAUGGUCUCCUCGAUCCAGUGCUGACCUAGAUGACAUCCUCUCCAGGCCGGACCGGCACUUCACUAAUUUGUGGCGGCAAUUGAAACGGGUGAUGCGCUGUCCUGCCUCUCCACCAACGAGUACCCACUGCAUACCGCGACACUCCCCUCCCAAGAUCCCAGCUCCACCAGCGGGGAAAGUACCAACAUGGCGGCAGAUCAAGCACCGCUCUUCACCGAAACACAAAGCGGCACCAUGGAAGCCACUCAAAGGGCGCCAAACACGGUCGCAACCGCAGCCCGAGAUAAAGAAGGGGACCCCAAAAGCGACCACAGAAUAGACCUACCUGCCUGCAAUUAUGGGCAUUGCCCUGCAGUGUGACUGCUCGAGGUGGGACUGUGCGGUACCCCCAGCUGGCGUAGGCUAAAUGGGGAUCCAGGACUGAGCUGUGAGUAACGCCCUUUGCCGCUCGCUGUAACUACCUGCCUACACGGCGGUGCUGGUGCCUAUCAAUCUAAAUACAUUGCUGGACACCCUGGUAUUAUCUAUGACAAAAACUGUGCAGUCUAAUCAUAUGCCAUGCAAGGAUGUACUGUAUAGUCGCUAGGCAGCAUUAAUCAUAAACCAUAUUUCGAUGUUUCUCAUGACUUAGCAUGGUUUACCUCCUAACAUUAUUAUAGCAUGAUGUAGUCCUCAUUGUUAGAUGUUAGAUCAGCAUCAAAAGCCAGAGCGACAAACCUGCUAGUCAUAACCAUACUUACUAACCUCUGAAAUAAAAAUACACUGAAUAACAGAAUAUCAUCACACAGAUACGCUGGCAAAAUGGAUCUAGUAGAGUUAACUGUUGCCUACCUAAUAUUAAUCUACUGAUGCAGAUAUUUAAUUAAGCUUGAAAAAUUCAUGACUUUUAUGCCUAAAAUUUGACACUCUUGUAUUUAAAUAUAAAAUUUGUGCACUGUUCUCACAUACCCCACUGUUAUCAUUGUUCUGAAAUAUGCAAGUGGACUGCCGUUGGGGUACCACAUGCCUGUAUGUUACCCUCAUAUGCACUGCAAAAAAAUAAAAAAUAAUUUACUGUCUAGUUUUAUUUCCUCAGUUUCACUCCAUGGAAUGUAGAUUUCUUCUUUUUCACAAGUGGAAUUUUCAUGGAUAUGUAUUUUGUGUCUUUCAGGAAAGAAUUUGCCUAUUCUUCCAGUGAUGGGAAAGUUUACAUCCGCAGCUUCUCCACAGUCAGUUCUAGGAUGACACUUGUAAACAUUCUAGUGGGCCACGAUGCAGAGGUUACAUCAGUUCUUUGGCACCAUUCAUUAGAAAAAUGGAUCAGUGGUUCUGAAGAUGGAACCAUCAGAAUAUGGGUAUUUGUCCUAGGUGGCUAAAAGCCUGAUGUUCUCAAAUGAAUGCUAAGUAUCUUUUAAUCAUUUCAAUGAUCCCUGUAGUAGAUCAUGAUAGCUAGAGCCAGUGCAUUCAGAGCAGCAAUAUCAGCAGCAAUAAAGAAAUGCUGCCACAUUAUUCUGCACUCAGCUCUUUCGAUGUAGGAAUCCACAGACUAAGAGGCUCAUUUACUACAUCAAGAAUUCAAAUUAAAUUUCAAAUUUAAGGUUAAAAUAGUUGAACUGAAAAAAAAAAAAAUCUAAGUCGCCUAUACUUGCAGUUCAGCUAUUUUGGUCUUACAUUUAAAAUUCACAUGGAAUUCUAACUUUAUUGUAUAACCUUACAUCUGUUGCUUCAAUGGACAACAGCAUCAUUAGUGUGUUCACAGAUUAAGAAUACACAUGAAUGCUCUCCAAAUGCAAACUUUGGUUGUUGGGUUUAGCUGUGAACCCAGGUAGAGGUCUUUUCAUGCACCAGACAUAGAAGUCUAUUUUAAAGUGUAAAGGAAUGCAAGAUUAGGGUUAUUCACUAAAGGGUGAGUUCAAAGUGAAUUUCAAAUCUAAGGGCAAAAUAGCUGAAAUGGAAAAUGUCAGUUUUGCUUUCUCUACAUGCUGAUUGGCUACUGUAUGCAUUGGAACACCGCAUAAGCCCUCUCACUCUAUUAUUUCAAAGCAGAAAUGUCACUUCUCUUAGAAUAAAUGUUUCUUAUUCUUUUAUCCUAGUAAAUACUAUAAAGCAUAUAUAGAGAGGUAAGUAAAACACCCUUACCUCCCCUGAACUUCCGUGUUCAGGGUGAUAUAACAGCAAACAUUAUGCUUGGGGCACAUGCAACAUCUAAUGAGCAUAUGUCCAUUUGGGUAUUCCUUCCAUAGUGCCAUGUACCCAUGGCACAGCAUUGGUUAAUCUUAUUGUAUGGUAUUCCUUGGCUCCGCACAGUCAGCCACGUAUACAAAUAAAAAAAAAUAAAACUGAAUAUUAAAAAUAUAUAUAUGUGGAAGGGGGGCUAGCUGUAAACCGCAGUAGAUGCAUCUGGUUAAGCUCUGUGCUUUUUGCCACGAUAAACCCAAUUUGUAUUCACCCUAUUGAGACUAUGACUCUCUUAGAAGCCUCAGCUAGUACUCAAGAAACCCGUAUCUCAGUACUGCUGAGAAGAUAGUGGCUCUGGAGGAUCAGAGAAGGAAAUACAAUUUGAAGAGUCAGGGUCCCAGAAACUAUAGGACUCUGACUUACCACAUUGCAUCAGGUGUUUAUUCGCUUCUCUGCUACCGCCUAAAAGUUGGAUAGGAUGUUCUGACUGCUGAUACCAGCUAAUGCACCUACCAAAGCUACUGCAGAUCAUCAAACAUGAUUUUAGAAACAUUCUGCAUGAUUUACUAUUGUUGAUACAGUACCAUUUUUGUGAUAGUUUUUGUGAGUAAUUUUUGGCACUGCCUUACUCAAUGUGGUGUGCACAUGUUGGAUGAUAUAAAUAUAUAAUAUAAAAGUAAUACAAUGCAUAGCUAAUAGUUAGUUAGCGAAUGGGUUGUGCAUGAAUCUUACGUAUGACAGGUCCUCUUUCAAUUCAGAAUUCUGCUCUUCUAAACAUUCCACCCACAAUUUAUAAUUUAUAUUUUUAAAACCUGGUACCACUCGACCCAUGCAUUCAUAGACAGAUACCUGACCCAAGCACACCAGAUUUGUGUUCCUUUUAUUCCCAUUAGAAAUGGACCUUAACAGUAGACAUUUGCAAAACUCUUAUACAACAUGCUCUGAACAGUGUACAUGGACAAAUCCCAGGAAUUGUCCCAGAUUUGCUCCUUCGCAGACUUAUUUAUACUCUUACAGUGUCUGUAGUUAUGUGAUUAAGUAAUCAUGGUUGGCCUGACCUUGACAUCUGUUUGUGUUGUUUUGCAGUGUGGGGAUAGUGCUCAGUGCGAGAAGAUUUUGGUCACUAAAGGAGCUGUCACCUGCUUUUGUAUUGACCAGGUGCAUGGAAGCAUUGUUGCAGGAGUGCAAGACACAAUUAGGUAAAACCUGCAAUGAAAAAUGAAUUGCUCUCGUCUUCUCAUGUGCUAUUCGGAUCAUGCAUGCACACAAUGUUAGAAACUUGGACAAAGUCCUGGCUGACAGAUGUUGUUGUUUAAUCUUUCAGUCGUGUCCAACUCUCCGUGAGCAUAUGGACCAUAGCAUGCCAGGUACAUCUGUCAGUCACUGCCCCUGAUAGUUGUUAGUAAGCCCAAAACUGUUAUCAUACCUUAUUUAGUAGAAGACAUUAAAGAAAACCUAUUCUCUUUUAUAGUUUGGCUACAAAUCUCCAAAUCUGAUACAAGCACACCGAUAUUAAAGUUGCAAUAACAUCUUAAUUGUUUGCCUAAAUAAUUAUAUUAUGCCUUGAGAAUAUUAGUUUGUGCUAGAUGAAUACAUUUUAUCAAGAAUACGUAUAUUAAGAAUAUAUUUUUAUCUUUCAGGGUGUAUGAUCCAGAAUCUCUGCUUCAGGUUCAAUGUAACGUAGGGCACAAGGACCUGAUACGCUCCAUUGUCCACAUCCCAGAGAUGGCACAGGUAUGCCUUUAUAGGCCUAAUAUCUUGAUAUAAUGUAAUGGAUUGCAAUUAUUGACAUGUGACAGUGAAUAAUCCUUCAGCCAUAUGUAUGUACCUUGGGCCAGACUGUGUUUGAGUACCAACAGUUAGUUUCUAUGGUCUUCCCUGUUUCUGUGCAUGGAGUUACAUAGCUGAAAAGAGACUUGGGUCCAUCAAGUUCAGCCUUACUCACAUAUGUUGAGUCUAGCUAGAAAGAUCAUAGAGACUAACAAUUUUUUUUAUUUUUUUUUUCAAUUCUUUAUUUUUGUAGUGCAUAAGUAUGACAGACAAGCUUGUGAUGCCACAAUAGCAGACACAGGCAUUUCAAAAGGCAUAAUACUGUGGCUUGAGGUUUAACUGCACAUUUUAAGUAAUAAACAGGAUACUAUAAGCAAUGUCAUGUAUGGUGAGGACAAGAGGAAUAAUUAAGACAUGCUGCUUUAACUGACAGUAAUAUAAUCAAAGAGAAAAAGGUAAGGUAACUUGCUCAACUAUGGUAAUUCUGUAGCUUGGUAGCUGCUGGGUGGACUAUCAUGGCCAUCCUUGGCCAAAACAUAUCUGCAGCAGCAAGAAGAAUAGCUUCUAGGUAGGCUGGUAGUCUGGGAUAUCUGCCUGACUAUUACAUGAAAAUAAUAUAUGAGGGCACUAGCAAAGCAUAACAAUAAGUAUAAAAAUCAUAAUAAAAAUUCAACUUGGAGGCAGUAGCCACGGGUUGUGCAUUCGGGCAGUAUGUCAUGACAAUGGUGAGUAGUGCGAGUCCCCGUGGCUGUGCACGUCUAUCAGCCAAUGCCCACCCUGGAGGCCUGAUAUGGCAGCCUGAUUUGGAGGGGUAACUUCAGUGAAUUGCUGUCGUGCAUCGGUUGGCACUUACAAGCAUUUGCCAGUACUUUGCAAUAGGUGUUAGGCCGGAGCGGUUCUCCGCGGUUUUCCCUGCAGGGCUGCGGGUUCAGAGCAUCCCCAUGUGGAGAGUGAUGCAAGGCUCUCCGACUCUCUGAGGGCGGUGUCUGGUGGCUCUCCGACCGCGGGGAUGGCGUGCUGCUGCCAUAUUCCUGGUGGGUCUCUGCCCAGCUGAGCGUGCGCGUUUGGUUGCCGAUGUGCCUGGAGCCGGCUUGCCCGGCUGGAGCCUCUGCAGCUCCCCUUCAUGUCGCUUCCAAGUCUCCAGUGCUGUUCGAGCAGCCAGUGCCGCCAUUCUCGAGCGGGUCUCCAGUUUCGCCCAGAAGCUCUUGAAGAUGGCAUCCGAAGAUGGCAUCCAGUGGAUCUGUGGACGCCUGAGGUGAGUGGGUCAAGUGUUAUUGGCCCUGCAGGGCCGGACCAUGUGCAUCAGCCAUCUUGUAUAGCCAGGCCUCGGGUCAGGAGAGAUGCUGCUCACUCAGGCUUGUUCUGUUAUUCUAGGAGCUGUGUUUGCACCCCCAGCGGGGACCAGGAUAACCCCUGCCGGCCCAGAGGAGGGGAGAAACGUGGCCCAGACCGCGGUCGUGCCGAGAAUAAGGCGGGAGAUCGGCCGCGUCUCCCACCUCAGAUUAGAUAGCAGGCCGCACAGAGCUUCAGGCCCCUCAAACGUUAAGCAGAGCGUGAUAUGUGGGAUUGUCAAUGCUGUCUCCACAACUCAUAAGGCGAUUUCGGCUGCUUAAGCUAAUUUUUCUAGAUUUAUCACACGAUUAAUUGAGGAGCUCAUUCAGCCCGCGUCCUGCUUGCUUGGCGGUCAGGCCCCGCCCCCCCCAACAAUUGGGUUUUAAUCACGGUCUGAUCUAUUUUCUUUCAAAACAUAAUGAAAGAAUUAUUACAUAAAAUAGGUUUGAGGUAACAGUUGUCCACAUAUACUUAACUAUACCUCCCAAUAUUAUGAAGUAUAAAAUCAGCAAAGGUGGAGGCCUUUAGGGGUGACACGCAUUAUUGGUAGCCCCAUUUGGAAAAUGGGUGGACCUGGCCACAGAAGGUGUGUCCAUCUAACGUCAAAUACACUAGGCUGACAGACAGCCUCUCGACUGGGCUUCACCAUAAAGGACAAUGCAACAAGCACUGCUGAACAAUUUCUGUAUGGUCCUGAUGCCCGCUGCAUAGCACGAGCGGAUCUCAUGAUGCACUCUGUGCUACUGCAGACGGUUCGCUGGUCUCCACAGAUGAGGGACACCAGGGAUCUAAACUGGGAUGGUGGGACUGUCUAACCAAAAGCAGAACUGUGUUGCUUAGAAUUUCAAGUCCUGUGCUAAUAUAAAAUCACAAUACAAAAAACUGGUGUACAUGUCUAUCAACCUUCAUGUACAAAUAAAAUCGGAUAACUCCUGUAUCUAUCCCACUAAGGCCAAUCACAUGUACACAGUAAGCCUUUUAUAGUAUCUAACUGUGGUUGCUAUUGCAAUGAAUUAGAAAGUGACUGUUUAGCUGCUUUUGCACUCAAGUCAUGAAUAGGUGAAUGCUAAGACAUGGAGACAUCUGCAGGUGCAAAUGUUAGUAGCUCUAUGGAGCAAACAUGGGCCUGAAAAUAACAACAACUCACAGCUUACACUUAGCAUUGUAGCCACCAUGCAGACAAGCCUUUAUUUUAUUUUAUUUUAUAAACUGGUGCUGUUACUUUGAACCAUUUCGUACAAAGCCAGUGGUGGAGUACUGAAGCCUAUUUUUUUCUUUUGACAUUUAUUCAUUAGAAAAACUAAUCUCAUUGUAAAUCUGAUUGGAUAUGUCCAUAGAGAACAAGACAAGUUGGUAAUUAUGAUCUUUCUCUCUUUUCAGUAUGUUUCCGUUUCAUGGGAUACAACAGUGAGAAUAUGGAAAGCCUAUCAGAAAGGGAAGUUCCUGCAAAACCCAGGAGUUUAA